CUGGGCGUCACAGAGGUCAGUCCUGGACAUGCCCAGCUCCAGUUCAGCUACAGCCAUGUCUCUGACCAAGGCCGAGAGGACCAUCAUCAUGUCCAUGUGGGGCAAGAUCUCUGCGCAGGCGGAUGUCAUUGGCACCGAGGCCCUGGAGAGGCUCUUCGCCAGCUACCCCCAGACCAAGACCUACUUCCCGCACUUCGACCUGCACCCCGGCUCCGCGCACCUGCGCGCGCACGGCUCCAAGGUGGCGGCCGCCGUGGGCGACGCCGUCAGGAACAUCGACAACAUCGCCGGCGCCCUGUCCAAGCUGAGCGAGCUGCACGCCUACAUUCUGCGCGUGGACCCGGUCAACUUCAAGCUCCUGUCCCACUGCCUGCUGGUUACGGUGGCCUCGCACUUCCCCGCGGACUUCACGGCCGACGCCCACGCCGCCUGGGACAAGUUCCUGUCCGUCGUGUCCAGCGUCCUGACCGAGAAGUACCGCUGAGCACCGGCGAGGGACCCCGGGAGAAAGGCCGCGACCCCUCCCCUGCUCUGGGGGCCUCCGCAAGCCC